AUGCUAACAUUGACACUUAUGAUUCCGCAAUACAAGCGUUCCAGUGUGGACCUGGUGUUUUCUCCGCGAGCUGUUUCUACCAAAACCACCAAACCACCCAUUACGUCUGACGGAGCUGAGAAAGUCAUACUCAACAUCUUCCAACAUCUAGAUCACUUCAACGAUCUUUUCGCCGCAGCCUCCAUCAACCGAGGCUUCUAUCGUGUGUUCAAACGUCAUGAACUCGAUCUCAUCAAAUCUACCUUGCAAAAGAUGUCACCACCAGCCUGGGAGUUUAGAGAGAUCGCCUUUCCUGGACACGAACUUCUACUUGCAGCAGACCUUGAGACGACACGACCUGCAGAGGAGUACACCCCAACUUCAUAUCUCAAGCUCCAGAAGCGAGACAUCCAAGUCAUCCGCACAAUCAAGUUGGAGAUUAUGGAGAAAUGCCAGUCCUUCGUACGACCAGAGAUAUCAGCUGCGCUCAUGAGCGCCUGCCCAGCCGAGUCUGCUAGGGUUGACGAUGCGUUAUGGCGCAUAUGGACAUUCUGUAAGCUAUUUGGCUCGGGAAAAGGACGUGAGGAGGACAUUGUUGCGCAGAUGGACUGGCUCAAUGGUGGUAUGCUUGUCCAUCAGGCGACCUGCACCUUCAGCAUGAUGAGCACAGACCUCAUGAGCGACACAUUGGUCGGUGCACCUGAGUGCUUCGGGCAAGGGAACGAAGGCGGCCUUACCGCCGAGCAACUCUUCGACAUGAUGGAACUAUGGACCUGUCUUUCCGUCCUGCUACAAAACUUCGAAGGGCGCACAGUUCAAGCCCGACAAGCCGGUAUUUACGACAACACCGACAUUCGUGGUGGCGAUAUUGAUGGCGAGGAGAUGAUGCUUGACGAAUGGAUCUACCACCUCCUCACCUUUGGCCUUGAUACUGUUCUCAAGCUCACUGGCCCGUUCCACCCCUCGGAUCCCAAAGCCUUUGUUAUUGCGGCGGAGAACGGAUGGGUCAACUGGAAGCCUCCUGUGCUUGACGGUACACGACAAUACUUCCUCAAAGAAGCAGCCCGACGCGUCUACGAAGACAAGAUUGCGCAUACCUAUGCUAAGAUCUCAAUCCGCGACGUGCAGCGCCAACAGUCCAAGAUACGUAUUCAGAAACACAUUGACGAACUCAAGGAUCGCAAAAGGAAUGGUGAGCAACGACCAAUGGUUCUCAGGGAAAGACCCAUGUCAGACUGGGAUACUGUGAUUCGAAACUUGACACGCCCUCCUCUACCACCACAAGGCCCGGGAAAGGACAUCAUCACUCAUGUUCCGGCACUGAGAUCAUCUUCUGUGGAAGACAUACCGACAUCUAUCGAGGUCGACAUCCAGCAGAACAGCUUCACCACCUCGGCGAACUGUGGCUCAGCCUUUGCUCCCAUCACCGCCCCCCUCCACAGUUCCUAG